AUGCCGCAAACACUGAGUACAAGAGAGGCCAACCUCUUCCGUACGGUCAUCCGCCAUUAUGAGGAUAAGCAAUAUAAGCGAGGCCUCAAAGCGGCCGAGCAGAUUCUGAAGAAGAAUCCCAAGCAUGGAGACACGAUGUCGAUGAAGGCUCUGAUCAUGAAUGCGCAGGGCAAGACGGAAGAAGCAUUUGCCCUCGCCAAGGAGGCGCUGACCAUCGAUAUGAAGUCGCACAUCUGCUGGCACGUGUACGGCAUUUUGUACCGCACAAACAAGAAUUUUGAUGAGGCUAUCAAAGCCUACAAGUUUGCGCUCAAGCUCGAGCCCGAUUCGCAUCAAAUUCAGCGUGACCUGGCUAUCCUGCAGAUACAGAUGCGCGACUACCAGGGCUAUGUCCAGAGCAGGUUUGUUAUGCUCAAAGCGAGGCCACACCUGCGUCAAAACUGGACUGCUCUUGCCAUUGCGUACCAUCUCGAGGGUAACCUCCCGCAAGCAGAGAACAUCCUAACGACAUACGAAAAGUCUAUGACGUCCGCCCCACUGAAGACCGAUUUCGAGAACUCGGAAGCAGUCCUGUACAAGAACUCAGUAAUUGCCGAGGCCGGAGACGUCCAGCGAGCCUUGGACCACCUUGAGAUCGAUGGGAAACACAGUCUGGACCGGUUAGCCGUGAUGGAGCUUCGUGCCUGUUAUCUAGCACAGCUCGGCAAGAACGAAGAAGCGGCGAAGGCUUACCGAGCGUUACUAGAUAGGAAUCCGGAGCACCCGGAUUACUACAAGGGCUUGGCUGAAGCGUUGGGUAUCCUAGAGGGGGCCGAGGCUGCUCGACUAGCAGUCUUUGACGAGUACGCCGCGAAAUACCCUCGUUCUGAUGCUGCACGGCGUCUGCCUCUAGAUUUCUUGAACGGCGACCGCUUCCAAAAAGCUGCAAAGGCUUACUUGACCCAGAUGUUUGAUAAGGGCGUACCUUCGACGUUUGCGAACCUGAAACAUCUAUUCUCAGACCCGUUCAAGAGGGACACACUGCCCGUUCUAGUCGAGGAAUACAUUCAAGAGCUCAAGAGCAGUUCGGGCAGCAAGGGAAGACGCAACGAGGACAGUUCCAAAGGCGAAGGGGCGGCCCUGUACUUCUUGGCACAGCACUUCAAUUACUAUAUGAGCCGUGAUCUUACAAAAGCAACGGAAUAUGUCGAGAGGGCUUUGGAAUUAGACCCCAAGAACGUCGACUUCCAUAUGACGAAGGCUAGAAUAUGCAAGCACCAAGGCAACGUUCAAAAAGCUUCAGAGACAAUGGAUCACGCCCGUUCGCUCGACACCAGGGAUCGGUACAUCAACUCCAAGGCGGCAAAAUACCAACUUAGGAACAAUGAGAACGAGAAGGCCCUCGAGACAAUGGGCCUGUUCACACGAGUUGAAACAGUUGGUGGUCCCCUAGCUGAUCUGAUUGACAUGCAGUGUAUUUGGUUCUUGACAGAGGACGGCGAGGCAUGGCAGCGACGAGGCAGUUUCGGCCUGGCUCUUAAGCGUUACCAUACCAUCUUCAACAUUUUCGAUAUCUGGCAAGAAGACCAAUUCGAUUUCCAUAGUUUCUCCCUGCGAAAGGGUCAGAUACGGGCGUAUAUCGAUAUGGUCCGUUGGGAGGACCGUCUUCGGGAGCACCCAUUCUACUUCCGGGCGGCACUAGAUGCUGUGAAGCUCUAUCUUCUAAUCCACGACAAACCUCAAGGCACUAACGGCGUCAAUGGUGGCGACGGCAAGGGUGCAAACGGGGAAGAUGCUGCAGAAAAAAGGAAAGCAGCUAAGAAGGCGAAAAAGGAGGCCCAAAAGGCAGAGCGGGAAGCCGCGGAAAAGGUCGCCAGGCAGGAUCCGAACAAAGCAAGCUCCCAGAAGAGCAAGGAUGCCGAGGAUGUGAAGAAGAGUGACGAAGAUCCGAAUGGACUUAAGUUGGCUGGAACUGUGGCUCCCCUUGUGGAUGCCAUGAAAUUCCUGGAGCUGAUACUUCAAUUCAGCCCUAAAAACAUUGAAGGCCAGCUCGCCGGCCUCGAAGUGUUCAUCCGAAGAAAAAAGUAUCUGCUGGCCUUGCGCUGUCUCAAGGCCGUCCUAGCCCUUGACAAGAGCAACACAGCGGUCCAGGAGCAGGCCAUUAGGUUGCGCAAGACAAUCGAUCCGAUUCUGGACUCCCUGGCGCCAAAGCUCCAGGAAGUCUUCAGAUCUGAACUCAAUGCCAUUGGCAUCUCAUGA